UUUGAAGGUGUUGGCGUCGAGAUGCUGCUUCCAGGACGUCGCUUCCUUCUCUCUGAUGAGCCGCACGACCGCGGAGAUUCUUUCCACCAUUUCUGCGAGAAGUUUUCCGAGGGCCUCUGGGACACUUGGGUGAAACUCCCGGGCGGGGAUGAAUUCAAGAAGGUCGAGGAGAUCUACCGCAAGUGUGGUUACCCGGGGGCGAGGAAGGUGNGCACGACCGCAGAGACUUCUUUCCACCAUUUCUGCGAGAAGUUUUCCGAGGGCCUCUGGGACACUUGGGUGAAACUCCCGGGCGGGGAUGAAUUCAAGAAGAACACCCACACCGGCAAGGAGGGCUACACGUCGCUGGUGGUGGAGUGCACGUGCGACCAUUCUGGCCGCAUCAUCGCGGCAACCAAGACUUACCCGGGAGCCGAGAACGACAAGAAGGUCAUCGCACGGGACAAGUCCAUCUGGCGAGUACGAGAUGAGGACCCGUGGAAGAGCUACAAGUUCAAGCUCUACAACGCCGACGGCACGGAGACGGAGUACACAGGGGCAUGGAUCAUCGUGGACGGGGGGUACCCGAAGAUCCCGCUUCUGAUCCCACCGAUCAAGACGCACAACACCGUCGAGGAGCACAAUUGGAGCAGGCGGUUGGAGAGCAUGCGUAAGGACAUCGAGUGCUGCUUCGGCAGAGUCAAGGGGCGCUGGAUGCUUUUCAGUGGUGACAUCUUCUUCAACCGCCUCGACGAGAUGGAGGAGGACGCCGAUUGGGUGGGGUCGGGAGGGAGGUUGGGGGAGGCGACGACAGUGGCGGCGGCCAUGGACGUGGGCGAGGAAAGCGAGACUCCGACUCCCAGGUUCGAAGAGUCUCGCAAGAAGCUCAUCGCGCACUUCACGUGCGCGUGGGAGGAGAAGGAGACUUUGUGGUUUAAGAGGGCGGAGAUUGAGCAUAUACGUGGUACAUGUCGGUAAGGUAUGGGGGGGGGAGUUGUUUUGUUUU